CCUCCCUCCCUUCCCCCCCAUCCAGCCGCCUCCUCCGGGCUGUCCUCCGGGCUGCCCUGCGCCCCGGCCCCACCAUGCUCUUUUGGCACACGCAGCCGGAGCACUACAACCAGCACAACUCGGGCAGCUACCUGCGGGAUUUGACUAGUGUUCUUCAGAGGGAAAAUGAUGUCCUUGCACUGCCAAUCUUUAAGCAGGAGGAGCCCCAGUUGUCUCCAGAGAAUGAAGCCAAACUGCCUCCCUUUCAAUAUGUACUCUGUGCAGCCACCUCACCUGCUGUGAAGCUUCAUGAAGAAACACUGACCUACCUCAACCAAGGUCAGUCAUAUGAAAUCCGGCUCCUAGAGAAUAGGAAAUUGGGAGAUUUUCAAGAUUUAAACACGAAAUAUGUCAAGAGCAUCAUUCGUGUGGUCUUUCAUGACCGGCGCCUGCAGUAUACCGAACAUCAACAGCUAGAAGGCUGGAGAUGGAGCCGUCCUGGGGACCGGAUUCUGGAUAUCGACAUCCCGUUAUCUGUUGGCAUCUUGGAUCCCAGAGCCAGCCCAACACAGUUAAAUGCAGUUGAGUUCCUAUGGGAUCCUUCGAAGAGAGCAUCAGCAUUCAUUCAGGUACAUUGCAUCAGUACAGAAUUCACUCCGAGGAAGCAUGGAGGAGAGAAGGGUGUUCCGUUUCGGGUGCAAAUUGAUACGUUUAAACAGAACGAGAAUGGCGAGUACACGGAACACCUGCAUUCUGCCAGUUGCCAGAUCAAAGUGUUCAAGCCCAAGGGAGCAGACCGAAAACAGAAGACAGACCGGGAGAAGAUGGAGAAACGGACUGUCCAGGAGAAGGAGAAAUACCAGCCAUCCUAUGACACCACAAUUCUCACGGAGUGCUCCCCAUGGCCAGAUAUGCCUUACCAAGUGAACAACGCUCCGUCCCCAAGUUACAACAGUUCUCCCAACAGCUUCAGCCUUGGCGAUGGCAACAGUUCUCCAACUCAUCAAGUGGAGCCCCUGCCCACCAGCCAUGACCACCUCCUUCCCUCUGCCUCCAUUCAAGACGCCCAGCAGUGGCUUCAUCGCAAUAGGUUCUCGCCGUUCUGUAGACUCUUCUCAAGUUUCUCUGGUGCCGACUUACUGAAAAUGUCCAAAGAAGAUUUUGUUCAGAUAUGUGGACCUGCGGAUGGGAUCCGGCUCUUCAAUGCCAUCAAAGGCAGGAAUGUGAGACCAAAGAUGACCAUCUAUGUCUGCCAGGAACUAGAACAGAACAGAUCUCACCUGCAGCAGAAGAGAGAAGCUGUGGACAGCAAUUUAUGUGUGUACCACGCCAUCUUUUUGGAAGAGCUGACUACUCUGGAAUUAAUUGAGAAGAUUGCAAACCUCUACAGCAUCUCCCCACAGCACAUUAACCGAAUCUAUCGGCAAGGACCAACCGGUAUCCACGUCGUGGUGAGCAAUGAGAUGGUGCAGAAUUUCCAAGACGAAUCUUGUUUUGUUAUCAGCACGUUAAAAGCCGAAAGUAAUGACGGCUACCACAUCAUUCUGAAGUGUGGACUGUGAGCGGCAGGACUCCCCGAGAUAGCGACGAUCCCGGCUGGACAACACAAAAGACUGGAAAGAGCAAAGGGCGGAAGGGGACGGGGCCGGCGACGUUUCCGGGAAAACGACAACUUGGCAGAAACCAGGGGAAAACAUUUUUGUAGGGGUAGAGAUAGAAGGCCUGAGUUUAUCCAGAAAAAUCUGUCCCUCUCCCCUCCCUACCCUCCUCUCUCUUUUUGUGCCUGAAAGCUGUCCGGCUUUCUGAUCUUUGUCGACUGUCCCAGUUGGUCCCAAGUGAAACACAGACAGCACAGCCUGCCCCUUUUCCACAAUCCCCUGGAUGAGGCAGGCCCACUUGGCUCCUCCAUUCAUCAAACCAUGGGCUUCCCCUCUCUACCUUAUUGGGACUGGCUGAGAGAAACCCUGACUGCCCUUCUCAGGGCUCCUGGGGAGCUUUAGCCUUUCCUUCCCAUUAUUUUUUGGGUGCAGCUGAGGCCCUGUGGUUCCUGUUCAUUUUUGCCCUCAGCACCUCAGUUGCCUGACUCACCCCUUUCGUCCCCAGACCCAUUUCAGAAUAUUUUUAUAUGGUCUUUUUAAAAGAAUGAUACAGCAGACACAACAUUUUGCCCUUCUAAGCUUAUGUGUGUCGGUAUAUCCACAUACACACAAUGUUGUGAAGUUUUUCUGUGGUCAGUAAUCUGGAUGUUUCAUAUCUUUAUGUCCUGUGAAAAUAUGAAACCUCUGUGUGUGGGUGUAUACAUUAAGGCAUACACACGUGUGUCUAUCCUUCUCCCUAUGUAUAUAGUAUAUAUCUAUACGCAUAGAUAUCUACCUACAAAACCAGGUAGCUAUAGAUAUAUAUCUAGUAUAGCUAUAUAUAAAUACUAUAUAUCUUUUUAUAUAGUGUGUAUAUAUAUCACUAUUUCAUCUUCACAAAUGCUCAGACUGGGAGCUCCAGAUAUCAAUUUUGGAAAAAAAGGGUAAUCCAGAUGGACAGGGGCCAUUGAAAUACAGGAUUUGGUGUCAAAGGCUUACAUGCUUCUGGAAAGUGGUUUAAUGUAAUUUAAAGUGAACUACAUUUCUAAGCAUUCCUCAGGCAGAGACUUUUUUACAGAGGAAAAAAUCACCGUGGUCUCUGUCCAUAUGAUUUUGACAAUCAACUUAACAGCAACUCCCUCAGGUUUACCUCAGCCAGCUCAUUUGAACUGUGCCUUUUUGCUUAGCUACUCUUUCUGGUAACUAGACUUCAGAUGAGAGCUGUGGGAUAGUGUUUCUUCUCUGCAUGUUACCUGCUGGCAUCCUGGUUUUUCAAUCCUUAUAAGGGAGGGCUUAUGGCAGUCCUGAACCCAGAUGAGGUGGGAAAGGGUUGGGCUAGAUGAAUUUUCAAGGUUCCUUUCGGCUCUGGCAAUCUGAGUAGUUACAAGUUCAGGAAAAAGCACUUCUGGUUCCUGUUUGUCUUCACUUGACAACCUGGGCACUAAAAUGUUUGCUUUUCUCUGCUCCGGGACUUAGAUAUAAAUGAGUCAAAGUGAAAGUGAUUCCGUGAUUUAAAUUAGUUGCCUCCGGCAAUAGUGUUAGCUCUUUGGGAACAGCACAGUCAUUUCAUCCACCACCACAUUGAGUACUUUCUAGACAACUGUGCAAGGUUGCUAGAAUGUUCUGAUCCAGUGCAACCUAGCUGAAGUGUGUUGUGAAACCGCACACUCUGGGAAAACCGACUGAAAAAGGUGAUACAGCUUCCAAAGAUCUGGCUCUGGGUUUCUCUUCCCUUCUCUUUUUGCUCACUCUGGUGAAUUUUGGAAGCCUCUUGGAAUCUGUAGGUUCUUCUGCUUUUUUAGAGCUGGCUGGCUCCAGGAAAAUAAUCAAAAUACUUUUGUCUUUAGGAGUCGAAGCUCUUUCCAUUCUCCUAAGGAUGAAUUCCCCACAUGUGUACUGCUGUUUGUCUGGAGAACUUGUAGAUCUUUCUAAAAAAGAGUGCAAUGUAAUGAGUGGGAGAGCAGAAGUGGUUUGCCAUCUGUAGUAGACAAGGAAGUAAAUGAGAAGUACAGUAACUUGGCCUAAUAGAAAGAGCAUGGGCCUGGGAAUCAGGGAACCUGGGUUCUAAUCCCAGUUCUGCCAUUUGCCUACCC